CAGAGAGAAACUCGCAACACUGCCCCCUGCUUGACAGCUCCCCGCUUUUCGCCACCGUCAGCGAAACGAAAACGUUUCUCUUUUCGGAAACGUCAGAUCGAUUUUCCCAUGACUGCGGCAGAGUGAGGCAUUUUUGCUCAAUUUCCACCCGAAAUAAUCGCCGAAUACAACAACAACAAACUCUUCAAGCCCCAAGGAUGUCGCGUUUCUUUGCCGGUGGUUCCGAGUCCGAUUCGGACAGCUCGUCCGAUAGCGAGCCAAUCCAGCGCCAGACUGCGCCGCAAUUUACCUUUAGCGAUGAGGAGGAGGACGUCAAGCGGGUGGUGCGCUCCACCAAGGAGAAGCGCUACGAGGACCUGUCCAACAUCAUCAAGAGCAUCCGGAACUACAAGAAGAUCAAGGACAUGUCCAGUUUGCUGAGCAGCUUCGAGGAUUUGACGCGGGCGUACGCGAAGGCCUUGCCGGUCAUUACGAAGGAGGAGAACGGCGUUUGUCCGCGGUUCAUCAUCCGGGCGCUGGCCGAGCUGGAGGACUUUAUCAACGAGGUGUGGGAUGACCGCGAGGGCCGUAAGAAUCUGUCCAAGAACAAUUCCAAGUCGCUGGGAGCGUUGCGUCAAAAGUUCCGCAAGUACAUCAAGGACUUUGAUAGCGAUUUGAAGAAGUUCCGCGAGUCUCCGGAUGCGGCCGACGACGAGGAUGAGGAAGAGGAAAAGAAGGAGGAGGAAGAGUCGGACGAUGAGGAAGCUGCCGUUGCUCCGGCUGCCAAGGCCGUCUCUUUCAAGAAGGACACGGUUGAGAAGGUCAAGGUCGAGAAGGACGAUGACGAUUCGGAUGAUUCGAUCGACUGGGGCCAGGACUCGGACUCGGACGAAAGUUCGUCGGAAGAGGAAGCUUACGGGGCUAACAUUCGCGAGCGUUUCUUGAAGCGUCCGGAGAAGGAGGACGGCGAUGAUGGUGAGAAGAAGAAGGAAAAGAAGAAGACCAAGGAAACCAAGGACAGCCGCAAGAAGAAGCGUGUCGAAGAUGACGAUGACGAGGGCUGGGAGGUUGUCAACGGCAAGAGUUCCGCCACGUCGGAGAAGCCCAAGAUGUUCGCCAAGGAUGCCGAAAUCGAUGUCGCACUUGUCGUUAACAAGCUCAACGAAGUUAUGGCCGCCCGUGGUAAGAAGAGAACCGAUCGUAAGCUGCAGAUUGAGUUCCUGCGCGAGCUGCGUACAAUCUCGGAGGAGAAAAAGCUUGGCGCGGCCGUGGCGGCCAAGAUUCGCUUCAACAUCGUUUCGGCCAUUUUCGAUUACAACCCGAAGGUCUCCGAACCCAUGAAGCUGGAGCAUUGGUCCAAGCUGCUGGAGGAAAUUCAAGCUCUCAUCAAGCUGCUGCUGGCCAACGAAGACAUUGUCCUGUCGGAGAACAUCUUGGACGAGAACGAAGAGUACGAUACGGCUCCGUACAAGAUUCGUGGCUGCAUGCUGACUGCCGUCGAGCGUUUGGAUGACGAGUUCACCAAACUGCUGAAGGAGUGCGAUCCCCACAGCAACGAGUACGUCGAUCGUCUCAAGGACGAAGUCACCGUGACCAACGUCAUCGAGCAGGUCGUUCAGUACGUCGAGCGUCUGGGCAACGAAAUGGAAACUUGCCGCAUCUAUCUGCGCAAGAUCGACCAUCUGUACUACAAGUUCGACCCGAACGUGCUGAAGAAGCGCAAGGCGCAACUCCCGGCUUCAACUCUCACUUCCGUCGACGAAAUGGAACGUUUGUGCCGUUUCAUCUACGCUAAGGAUCAAACCGAUCGUCUUCGAACGCGCGCUAUCCUGUCGCACAUCUUCCAUCACGCGCUGCACGACAACUGGUUCCAGGCGCGCGACUUGGUGCUGAUGUCCCAUCUGCAGGAAACCAUCCACCACUCGGAUCCGCCAACCCAAAUUCUGUACAACCGUACGAUGGCCAAUCUGGGACUGUGUGCGUUCCGUCACGGAAACAUCAAGGAUGCCCACCAGUGUUUGGUCGAUCUGAUGAUGACCGGAAAGCCGAAGGAACUGCUCGCCCAGGGUCUGGUUCCGCAGCGCCAGAACGAACGUUCGCUGGAGCAGGAAAAGGUCGAGAAGCAGCGCCAAAUGCCAUUCCACAUGCACAUUAAUUUGGAGCUGCUCGAGUGCGUCUAUCUGGUGUCCGCCAUGCUGCUGGAAAUUCCGUACAUGGCAGCUCACGAGUUUGACGCCCGCCGUCGCAUGAUCAGCAAGACGUUCUACCAGCAGCUGCGUUCUUCCGAGAGACAAUCGCUCGUGGGUCCCCCAGAAUCAAUGCGCGAGCACGUCGUUGCCGCUGCAAAGGCCAUGCGCCACGGCGACUGGCAAGCUUGCUCCAACUUUAUCGUCAACAAGAAGAUGAACGUGAAGGUGUGGGACCUGUUCUACGAGGCCGAUCGCGUCCGCGAAAUGCUCGCCAAGUUCAUUAAGGAGGAAGCGCUGCGCACCUAUCUCUUCACCUACUCGAACGUGUACGCCUCCAUCAGCGUUCCCUAUCUGGCGGAAAUGUUCGAUCUGCCCAAGAGCAAGGUCCACUCGCUCAUCAGCAAAAUGAUCAUCAACGAAGAGCUGAUGGCGUCGCUGGACGAUCCGACCGAAACCGUCGUGCUGCACCGCUCCGAACCGUCCCGUCUGCAGGCCCUCUCGAUGCAGCUGGCCGACAAGGUCACCAAUCUGGUCGAUUCCAACGAGCGCGUGUUCGAGAUGAAGCAGGGCAACUUCUUCCAGCGAGGUGGCAACCAGGGCUACAACCGCGAUCGCCAGAACUAUCGCAACCAGAACCAGAACCGCGAAAACUGGAACAACAACCGGCGCCAGGACCGUGGAAACCGUAACCGUAACCAAAACCGCGAUCGCGAGCAGCGUGAACAGCACCGUGUUGAAUUCGAAGAAAAGGCCGAGUAAACGACACGGCAAAAAAGCGGGGAGGCAGCCAAACCGGUCCCGUUCGUACAUCUGCAAAAAAAAAGUAUAAUAGUUUCCACAAGCGUAACAGUUUUUGCCAAUUUUCAAACUUAAUCACACAAACACACAGACAUAUUUAGAUAUCUAACGGUAGAAUGAAUUCAAAAAUACAUAAAUGUGGUUAUCCCGAUCUGGGAGUUUGCCCGGCCGCUUGCAGUUGGGGACAGAUUUUCAGAUCGGGGCAAACCAUUUGGAGACAACAACAACAACAACAAU